AUGAUUGUAGCCCGAGUGAGGUGUCAGGACGACGAUGAAUUGAAGGCUUCAGUAGGUACUAAAGCUGGGUCUUUGAAACGGAAAUCUAAUGAUAUUGUCAAUCUCGCGAACUGGGUCCAUAUCCUAACCUAUGAUAUCGAUUUAAAGAUGCUCUAUAAAAUUUUAUACCUGCUUUGCAAUUCAAACCACCAACUUGUAUCCAAGUCCAUAGAACGCAUCGAUGCACGAACACAAUGUAAACAGGAAGAUGCAAAAGAACUUUCCGGUCAUGAAUGUUGUUCCUUCAUUAAAUUCGAGUCCGAUUGCGAGGAUUAUGGCGGAGAACGUGUCAAGUUAACCGGCGUUCAAUUAUAA